AUGUGCACUGAAGGUCCAUCAAGCAGUGGGGUUCCGCCAGUGAUAUUUGCCGAAGGUGUUAGUGCUGGUGGUGAAUCGUCGCAGGAUACUUCCGUAUUUCUCAACUGCAAUUUUCGGGUUUUGUCGCAGUCAGUGUACAUAUCAAACAUAAACUUUCGUGAAUGUUCAUUUUCUGUUUAUACAGAACUUUCUUUAGUUCCAAUUCAUCCCGAACAACGAGAAUUGCUGCUUAAUAUUGGAUGUGAUGCGUUAUUACCAAACGAAUUACCGGAGGGGAACGGUGGUAGAGUCACUGUCAAUGAUGAGGAUGCAAUUUAUCUGCGAAGAGAUCCUUUCCGAGUUCUCGGAAAAAAGUGUGAGCGAAGUCUUCGUGUCUUAUCUAGCCAGAUGUAUGAGGUCUUAGAAGACUCAGAGGGCGAGCUUCGAAUAAUCGUCCCAGAGAGUUGUUAUGAUAGUAUGGACGAACAGAUGGUCAUUAAAGUUGGUAUUGAUGUGAAGGUCAUUAACCCAAAGCAUGGCAUCCACUUUGUAUCUUCGUUUGGCAAGGAUGAUACUAUGGAGAAAGGGGCGCAUGUAUAUACUCACAGGUCAAACGUGAUUUCGAGCACUCGGUCUUGGUUGCCUUGCAUGGAUGCACCAGAUCAGCUAUGUCUUUGGCGCAUAGAAAUUACUGUUGACGCUUCUCUAACAGCCAUUGCGAGUGGCGAGUUGCUACAUAGCGAAUAUUCAGUAGAUAUGCGUGAAGUGACUUAUCACUAUCAACUCCUUAUACCUACAUCCGCUGUAAACAUCGGGUUUGCUGUGGGACACUUUGUACCACAUGUGCAUCCUGAGAUGUCAGAGAUUACUGCGUUUGCGUUGCCAUCUCUGUCUCCGCUGGUUAAGUAUACAACUUCUACAGUAGACAGAGUUUUUGAAUUUUUUGAAGAGUUGUUGUCAUGUCGAUUUCCAUUUUCCUCAUACAAACAAGUAUUUGUUGAUCAGGUUGCCGAAGAGAUAAACUCUUUCUCCGGCCUCACAAUAUUGUCUGUAACUGUACUAUACCACAAAAAAAUUUUGGACUGCGUUCAGGAGACAAGGCAGUUACUUGCACAGGCUGUUGCGGAACAGUUCUUUGGCUGUUACGUUUCUGCUGCCCAUUGGCUUGAUUUUUGGCUGAUGAAGUCGCUAUCGAAGUUUUUUACUGGACUGUUUAUUGAACGUUAUUUUGGCACCGCUGAAUAUCUCUUCCAGAUCAAACGAACAUUAAAUGCUGUAUGUGACUACGAAAGUCGGUGGGGGAUGCUUGUUUUGCGUCCUAUGAAAAAUGAUCCAAAAAACAAGUUUGAAUGGCAUUUUGAUCCACGUAAUCCAUUCACGUGUUCGCCGCUCUAUGCCAGUGUGCUUUUCAAAAAAGGUCAUUUAAUAAUCCGCAUGUUGAAUAGACGCUUAGGAAAAGAACCUUUCUUUCAAGUAGUGCAGAAAAUUCUUAGUGUGACAACCCAGUUCAGCCAAAAGCAAACUGAGCCGAAGAAUUGGCAGCACAUGACAGUGUCGACACAGUCGUUUUUUCGAACAGUUUCUAAUGUUACUGGACAAGAACUCCCGACUUUUUUGGAGCAAUGGAUUUAUGGUGGCGGCCACGCAAUUUUUCAGGUUGAAUAUUCUUUUAAUCGGAAAAGAAACAUGAUAGAGUUGGAAAUUAAGCAGGACCCUAAGGGAAGUUUAGGGAGGCAAAGUUAUGUUGGACCAGUCACUGUUGUUGUUCAAGAACUUGAUGGUUCCUUUGUUCAUACAAUACAAAUAGACACUGACCAUUCAACCCAUGAUCUCCAGUGUCACUCUAAGGGUCGUCGUCAGAAAAAAAAGAAAAUACCUCUUUCAACUGGUGAAGAACUGGAAAUCGACUUAACAAACAUGGAUUUGGACUCGCCAGUUUUAUGGGUUAGGCAAGUGCUUGCCAAAGAAUUUAUUUUAGUGAUUCGUCUUGACAUCAGUUCUGAAGUUUCUUUCAGGAUUGAUCCAGAUUUGUUACUCCUUCGUAAAAUUAAAAUUCAGCAGCCGAUUUAUCAGUGGGAAUACAUGCUAAAAUAUGAAAGAGAUGUACUCGCUCAACUACAGGCGCUAGAAAUACUUCAGCGUUUUCCGAGUUCGCAUGUUCGUUCAAUAAUACUUGAAGCGAUUGAGACAGAGGGCUUUUUUUAUCGUGUUCGUUGUCGGGCAGCUCUUUCACAUACUGAAGUAGUAAAUAAGCUUUCGGAGACGUGGCUUGGUCCACCAGCGUUAUUAAUCUUGUUUAAAAAGCUCUACGGAUGCAAAUCAGCACCUCAUAUGCCGAAGUCUAAUAAUUUCGUUGUAACUGCAGCUAACUUGGAAUUAUAUUUUCUGAUGCAGACUCUUCCUCAAGCUAUGGGAUAUCUUAGAACUCCUUCGAAUACAGCUUUAGCUGAGGUGCAUCGUUUCCUUCUGGGACUAAUUUUGUAUAAUGAUAAUUCGAUCAACAGAUACUCUGAUGACCAUUAUCGCGCAUCGCUUAUUAAAGCUUUAGCCGCAACUCUUGUUCCCGUUGACAAUCUUGGUGAUAGCGCUUCUCCUGAUUCUUUAAAUUCCGAUAUGAAGCAGGUUUUGGGGGAAUUCACUCAUGCUCUAAACAUGGAUACUCUAAAGCCCAGUUUUGGGCGUAUAGUUGGUAUAAGCGCUUUAAGAGCAAUCUACCAGUUGCGACUGACGGCGUUGGGAUGCUUAGUUGACAUAGUGCAUAAUGCAAAAACACCCGAUGCCUUCGUUACUUUGUCUCGUCUCAUAGACAUGUGUGUUGAUGAUAAAGAGCCGGCAGUACGGUACCAUCUAGCGACUUUACUGUGCAUUCAGCCGCCGUUUUUUGCUUCAACCUUGUCAGAACCACACCAAAAAUGCGACAGCGCUGAAGUUUCCAAUUUUGCAGAACGGUUGUGGUCGAUAAUAACAGCAGAGAAGACAGAGUCCCGCUUACGGAACCACCUGAUCGAUCUUUGGUUCCUCCUUUAUGGCAACGGCGUUCCUGCGGCUUUUAAGGCUGAUGGUAAGGAUGAUGGUAAGCCUUCAGCCUCGAGUCCAUCGAUGAAAAGGGAAUUUAAAUGCCCUUUUGAAGAAGUGCUUAAUUCUGUUGAAGUUCUUGGUGCUUCAUCAUGGCAUAGCGUUAUCUUGAACAUGAAUGAGUUGGACUCAAGCAGUGAAAACCGCCCUGAUGCAAUGACUGACGACAUGUUGCAGUGA